AUGUCGAUGUUUUGUCACACCCCUAUUUCCUAGUAAUCAAAAGUGAUGGUACUUUACUACCAGCCCCUUCCAGUUGAAAUCGAAUGGACGUCUGGUGCUAUCAAUGUGAGUUGAUGAGUUAAGCAAGCGCAUGUUUCUGUCAUUUGUGCUUGGAUUAUUUAAAAUGAGGUGCUCCAAAUUUUAAUCAUGAAAGGACCCUAAAUUAAACGGGUUUUGGUGUCAUUUUCUCCCUCUGCUGGUUUGAACAUGCAGUUGCGUUCAGGUGCAAAACGUGGGUGGAGUCAUCAUCUUGACUCGUGCAGCCUCAGCACGUCCACCCAUUGAACCCUCCGGCAGGCAUCCUGCAGAAGCAAAGCAGGAAGAAAGCAUAACCAACGAGUUGCCAACAACCGAGCCCGAAGCACUAUGGCGUGGCCGUGCAUCACGCGUGCUUGCUGCAUCAACCGCUUCUGGAGCGAGCUGGACAAGGCGGAUAUCGCCGUGCCUCUCGUUUUCACCAAAUACUCGGACGUCCAGCAGAAGCAGCCGAAACGGGCCCCUGCUGAGGGCCGGCCGGAGAGCCAACCGGAGGCCGCCAAGGCACCGCCCGCCGCCGCCUCGGACGCCUCCUCCUCCGUCAUGCGGCAAGACUUUAAAGCAUGGAAAGUGCGCCCGGAGCCCAGCUGUAAACCCAGGAAUGAGUACCAACCCGCGGCCGGCCCUUUCAUCCCGGAGACCCAGUACCAAAAGGACUAUAAAGCGUGGCCCAUCCCGAAGAAACACGACCACCCCUGGAUCCCUAAAGCCGGCCUAGCACCUCCCACCGGUAGCAGCGGCAGCACCGCGGCAGCGGGGAAGAUGGAGCUAGUGUCCGCCGAGAUAGAUAGCGGCGUGGAGAAGAGCGAGUUGGAGGAGAAGCUCCAGGAGAAGGAGGUGAAGGAGCCGGCCAAGAGGGACAAGUCCGCCGACAGGAAAGGCGAGGAGGCGCCUAGCGGAAAAGGCAGGGCGGCAGCCGACGCUCUCAACAGACACAUUAAGCAGACCUUGACCGCUUCAAAUAGUAGCUACAGAUCUGAGUUCAAAGCCUAUAAGGACGUGAAACCAGUCAAGCCCAUUAAGGCACCGUCCCAGUACAAGCCUCCGGCCGAAAACGAGAGCAAUUUGGAAACCAGCUACAGCGCCACCUUCAGGGGUGAGCAGGUCAAGGCCCAGCCGGCCGACAACAAGCUGCUGGAGCGCAGGCGGAUACGCAGCCUGUAUAGCGAGCCUGCCAAGGAGACCCACAAGGCGGACAAGCCGGCGUCUCGCGUCAGGCCGAAGAAAGCGACAACGACCAAGACGGUGAAGAAAGCCAAGGAGAACAAGGAAAAGAAGCUGCUCGCCGCUUCCGCCAAAAAGAAAGAAGAAGAAGCGGAGGCGGGCGUCACCAAGAAGAACAAAGAGCUCAGCAAUAGACUGGCCGAAGCCAAACAGUAAUUUUGCCACGUGUUUAAACACUCGCUUCACUUUCCUCAUUUGCGUCUAAUGUUAAUCUUUGACAGUUUGUGCGUGUGAAAAAUGGAGUGUGUGUCCACAAAGCUGCUUUAUAUGAUUAUUAUCAUUUUUCAAGCACCUAAUUUGCACAAUAGAGCCAUGGUUACUGUAUGUGUGCUGUACAUGUACAAAGGGGUAUUUUGACACUUCAACUUCACAUCUGAUGAUUGUAAAAAAAACAAAAGAAAAAUAUACAACUCAUUUUGUGCAGGGGGAAAAAGGGGGCGAUUUCCUCUUUGCAGUGCCUCGGCUGUUUUUUUCAGUAGAAGGCUGAUCUCCAGUUUCAUCCGUUUUGUUGCUAAGAAACCAAAUCAAUUGGAGUUAAUUUCCCUGGAGCUCGCAUGCAAGCCCCACCCCCAAUAUUCAGUAUGCAUUUUAGCUUGUAAAUUGAGCUUUUAAGGGUCCAUAUAUGCUAUGCUCUUUGAAAUAUAUGCAUGUCUAGUAGUAAAUGAUAGUCUAGUAGUGGCUGUUUAAGCUAUGAAGUAAACACACCAGCAAGGUGGUUCUUGUUGCAAAUUUACUGUUACACUAAUAACAAUAAUGUAGUUUGUAAGGUCUUGUGUCUUCUACACACAAGGACAAAAAUUUACACUUUAAGUGGGAGUCUUAGGGGUCACACUGGAAAGAAAAUGACAACAUUUUUACAAGAAAGAAUCUAAUAAUGCAAGAAAAAAAAUGUCAUUAUGUCAGGAAAAUGUCAUAAAAUUGGAGAGAAAAGGCUUUUUU